AUGCUAAGUUUAUUAAUGUUACUGCUGGCCAUAAUGACUGCUGUUACGGCAACCGGCGACAACAAACAGUCCGCACAAACCACGGUAAGCUCGUAUAGAAAACCUUAUGUGAAUUUGUUAGGUAAGAUUCAGGGACGGAGCGUGAGAUUUUGUAGGUGUACGCACGCGGGAGAGAAAAUAUUCAGCGUCGAAGCCGGCCCAACAUAGGCAGGUCUGGGGGCAUGCUCCCUCCUCAAAAUUUUUAAAAUUUAUUGUCUCGGAAAUGCUAUUUCUAGUGUUUUCCGCAUGAGAUUUUCAGUAAAUUAAUACGCAGGAAAAUGCAGUAGUUAGUUGUUUAUUUUACCCAUCUCUAGUGUUGUUGGUAAGGUACAAUGUUUACGGGAAUAAAAGUCGUGACGUCAUCAGAAUUAUGGGAUAAUAAAGUGAUAAAGGAAAUACUAACACAAAGAUACCAAUAUAGUGCGAAAAAUGUAUCAGUCAUCCCGAUUUAAUGAUAAAAAACGCUUUUUCAGGAAAAAAAUAUAUUUAUUCUAUGUUUUAGCUGUUCAUAUACGCACCGGCGUAUGUGAGUAUACGGACGCAGGCCGCUACGCCCCUGACAUUUGACAAUAGUGAGCUUUUAAGCAAGACGACGGUGACGUCAUCGAUAACGGCGAAAAAGCAAUAGGUUUAGAUUGGCAUAACAACAACUUUGCACGUGCAUCACGCUUUUUUGCACAUUUCUUUGUCGUUACUGCACGACUACGACGAGAAAAUGCCUAAUUUCACUUUUUGCGGAGGACGUGAACACACUUUCUUUUCCUGACCUUUGAUACAGCGUUUUAGCAUUUAACUCCAGAAAUAGUUGCCAAAAUUUGACGAAUAGCCUACUUCGGAAAAGAGUGAUAGCCUGGGACCCAAACUAAGCGCGCGCGUAUUUAUGAGAUUGUUUGGGGGGACAAAGUGAGCAGCCACCUUGUGUUAUGACGAGGCAUGCAAGUUAAUGUGUGCCUUUGUGCACAUUCAGAUUUGAAAGCUUAAAAAGCAUUUCAGUUUUAAUUCUUUAUGUCGACAAGUUGAUGAUUGGAAGCUCUAAAAAUAGCAGAGAAAAUUAUCCGAGAAAAUGCUUUUGAAGAUAAGAGAAAUGAACACGGGUUAAAUUUAACCCCGGGUUAAGCGCUAAUCGGCCUUCGAACAACUGGGCCCUGUAGAAUACCAAUGACAAAACGUAUCCAGCGAGAAUAUGUACGUUUGUUUCGGAACGCUAAUUAGAGGGUUAAACUCCAAUAGCACACGGAUUUGUAUUCUUUUAGUUUUUCUCGAAGUAAAAUCUCUCAGGCACAUCUUCCUUCAGCUUCACAAUUUCAUGUUUUUUGUUUCUUUCAAUCCCACCUUCCUUUUGCUAUUUUGAGCUGUUUUAACUCCGCUUAAGAAUUCCACUCUGUUUUCCGCCAUGUUUGUUUACAUUCACGUUCCCCCGAAAUAAUCCCAUAAAUGCGCGCGCGCCUAGUUCGGGUCCCAGGCUAUCAAUCUUCUCCGAAGCGAGCUAUUGGACGAGAUGGAAUAAGCGCGACAAAGUUUAAAGUAUCAUCACUUCACUUUUUAAGUGACGUUUUCGUAUCCGUCGCCGCCGUUGUAGCUUAAGCUCCUUAAUAAAGCUGUGAUGGUGGAGAGGGGAAGGUAUCACCUAUCUAUGAACCAGGCAGGAAAAGCCAAAACAUGAAAAUGAAAAAAUGCUACCUUUGCUGAAUAUGAGACCUUAGAAAAUUCAAAGUUUCAGCAAAAAAUUAGCUCGUUGGACAAGCAUUUUUUUGAGAUAAGGUAAGCUCGAACUGUUUCUACUAAAAGUACUCAUACCGGCCUUUCUGCUUUUCAGCUUUUUGCAAACCAAUCCUGGAUACAAUCAGGAUCAAUCAGUCGAAGGAUGACAUAUAUUUUAAAUAAAUUUUGAUAUUUUCCUGUUUGAAACCAGCAAUGUCCAUCGCUUUGUUAUGGCAGUCCUGGCGCGCCCGGCAGGGAUGGUGCUCCAGGGGCACCAGGCAACGACGGACGUGACGGAAGUGAUGGCAGUCCUGGCGCGCCCGGCAGGGAUGGUGCUCCAGGGGCACCAGGCAACGACGGACGUGACGGAAGUGAUGGCAGUCCUGGCACGCCCGGCAGGGAUGGUGCUCCAGGGGGACCAGGCUACGACGGACGUGACGGAAGUGAUGGCCAUGAUGGGGCCAAAGGUGAUAAAGGUGACCUAGGAUUGCAGGGAAAGACUGGACCUCAGGGACCUCCUGGUGGUAAGGGACCUGCUGGUGUAAAGGGAGAGGAAGGGGAUAAAGGAGAAACUGGAGCCCAGGGUCCUCCCGGUCAAAAUUGGGAACUUAGCCCGAUGCCGUUUAAGAACUGGAAAGAAUGUGCCUGGAACAACUUGGAUGAUCAGAAGGACAGUGGUCUGAUCAAGGUGAGUCGUGCAUUUGCGAUUGAUCAGCAUACAAUUAUCAAAUUCACACACAAUAUAGAGCAUGCAGCAGCCAUUGUCCGAAAGGGAUUUUGCUUGCCCAGUGCAGAUAACAACAAACAGCUAUUAGCUUCUGGCAUGCCUCUCCUGUAAAACGACAUCCUUUAUACAGCGGCCUAGUUACACAGGUAGGCUUGUAUAAAUUCUGUCGGCAGAUAAUCUGUUCAUGUUGUCCUUCAGCAGCAUAAUUAAAAAUAUAUAAAACUGUUCUACUGAUGGAGUGUCUCUAGACAAAGGACCUCUAAAAGCGCUUAAGAAUGGUCUCUAAAAUAAAAUACUAAAAUAGAAGGUCUGCGAAUUCAGUACAUUCUUCUCGGGAAUUGAGUGUAGGCUUGCCCUUUCUAAUGUAAAAUGCUUCAUAGAGGUGUAGAUUAGCGGGGUCGUUUUCACCUAUAAUAACCUUGACAUCAAUGCCUUUAUAGUCUUUGUUCUGGCAGGAAUAGAUAUGUAUUAUAUUCUGUUGGCAGAAUUUCGAGCGCAUAAGGUACACUGAAGGUACUCUUUCCAGCAUUGUCAAUGGUUAGUCAUUAUCAAAACUUGAAAAAAAUGUGAAAAUAAAAAUAGUAUUUGCAAAGUAAUUAGGCGACAAAUAGCCUGUGUGGCAGAUGUUUGAAAGGGAGGGGGAGCGAGACUCCGGGCGCGUGAUAAGCGCUAAAGUCAGUCCCUCGCGCCCGAUCUAGCGCCCAAAUUCCCUUCCCCUUCCCUUACAAACGCCUGUCACCCAGGCUGUGCAAUAAGAUACAAUUUCACUAUGCCUCAAUGAGAGCUAUGUCCUUUUUUCCUGACAUUUUUGCAAAAUUCAAAAUGCCCGAAGGCCUGACAUUUUUUCUCCGGUAUCCGGCACAAUUUAGGUACUUACUUAUGUGGGGCGUAAGACUGCAAUGAUGUAACGCUGUCCGGGCCUAAUUGCUUGCCUCCACCAAGGCCUUAAGGUCCUUCUUCAGGUCGUAUUUCGGUCUGCUUGGUUAUCUUUCUCCAGUUUAUGGUGCGCCCUCCUUGGGGGUUCAACGUAGGGUUAACAACUCCUCGCCGUAAAUUAAAAUAAGAUGCAGUUACUAAAAUUACGGCGACAAUCAGAAUUUAGGUGACUGACAGGAUUAGGAAACUGAAGCAAUUUUUACGAGCACUAGCGACAGGCAGAAUAAACUAUUUAACGUUCAAGCAGAUCUUAUUCUUAGCCUAGCCAAAAUUGUCAGUAAAUCACUUCGGAAACUUUACGUGGCCGCUUGUCCAUUGUACGAAGAGAUCUACUUAGUUGUUCUAUCGUAUAUAGCUGUUCAACAACUGGUGCCGUUUGGCUUUGCGAACAAAGAGGUACUUAAGCUUACACGUUAAAAGCCAGUGUCUGACCAAGGAGCAGUUAGUCUGUUUGUGAGCAGUUAAUUGUUCUAUUUUUCAUACAGUAGCGUCGAAAGGAAAAGUGUCCUUUUUAUGCAAAUAGCCUCACUUACAGGCGUUCAGAUAGUGGAGUGCGAGAGAGAUAAGAAAGCGGGACAAAUAUGUAGGAAGAGAGGGAGAGGGAGAGAGGUUCCUUCUCUCUCUCUCUCCCCCUACCCCACCCCCUCGCUGUUUUUCGUGCUCACUUCUCUCGCGCCGUUCCCAAAAUCUGAACACCUGGAACAGGUCAUGUUGCAAAUAACUCUAGGACUGUGAUAUUAACAAAUUCAAGCGACUGGGUGAGGCCAAGUUUUUUUUUUUGCAAACUUCAAUUUGCCGAAAACCUACGCUUGUAAAGUUUCAAGAAUGUCACGAUUUUCUUCAGUGUUUCGGGUAAAACUCAGAAGCUUUGACAUAACAGAAGCGUGCUUGUGAGUGUGAUUACUGAACAGCUCUUGCUUUGAUUCUACAAAAAAUGCAAGUUUAACGUGUAACGGUUUCUCUGGCCUGUAUCUCAUGGUAAGACUCUCAGCCUAGUCUCUGCUACUGACAAGGACGUUUCAUCUCUCAGUUGACUCUGAAGACUUAUGCGCCGAUCAAUUCGAAACUUUAACAUCCCCAAAUCAACCCCCUGGGCAGUUGAACUUUUUAAGACAAGCCUGGUUAAAUUCUCCUUCUCUCCUCAGCAGAGGCUCCCGCUAGAUAUCCCAUUGUCCCCCGCGCUCCCCUCUCCCCAGCUUCCCUACGGUACAAAGAGGCCUUUGCGGAGGAAAGAGAAAUUCUCCUUAUACAUUACGGCCAAGAGACUAUAAAGGGGACAGAGAGGGCAUCCCCCAUAUACACCCUAUUCCAUAGGUAAUUCGUCUCGAGUUAUUUUUAGAAUCGGGAUAAAGUUACCUCGCGCGAGGCGUGGAUGUUUCGUGGAGGUUUCGCAUGACCAAACGCCGUGCAAAACAUGUCGGGCGAGAGGCAAUGAAAGCGUAAAAAGAUCGAGAGCAUUCCUGAAUAUUGAAGCGAAAUGAGUCGGCGCUCACCUGGGAAAAAGGAAUCGCUGGACUCUUUGACAACCCGUGAAAUCAGUUUAACUCGAAGUUGUCGUAACCUCAGUGCUUUAAUAAAAUGAGAAAUUUCGCCGGUC